AGUCUCUUUGAAAACGAACUCCCCCAAUUAAGCAAAGAACUAGUUGUGCAAGAAGAAAAGGAACUGAGCCCAUGUUGUCCAUGACAAUCAAUUUCCAAGCUCAGUAUGCGGCUGGAGAUCUAAUCCUUUGCCUUGACUCUCUGACUCUCUCUCUCUCUCUCUCUCUCUUCUGGCUCAUAAACAAACAAAGGGUAUGAAUUUCUAAUUUCUAACCCCUGUGUUGAAUCUCCUCUGUUUUUCUUUUUCCUUUUUUCAAUGGGGUUUGAUCACAGAAAACUCAUCCUCCAAACCAAUUUCAGUGAGGAAGAUUUCUGUCCAAUUCAGUGUAAGCAAGCUCCGAUCCAGGGGGGUUUCUGUUUUCUUUCUUGUUUCAAAAGAUGCCGUGAUGUAUGUAAGAAUCUUAUAGUCUAUGGUGGUAGUGAACUUCGUCCUCCACUUUUGCCAGACCCUACUCUUCCACCACCACCACCAUCACCACCAUCACCACCAUUACCACCACUGAUUGAUUAUCAGCCCCCAUCUGAACAGAAACAUAUACUUGAAACAAGCAUGAAAAUUACAGGUUGUAUGAUUGGGGUUGCUCUUCUUGUUGCUAUUGUUUUCUCUAUUGUAAGAUUUUAUUGGCGCCGCAGCAAUUCCAGGAGGAGGAGGAGUAGUUCUUUACCAAUUUUGUUUGAUACCCAACAAGAUUUUCUUGAUGAAGAUCAUGGACCUGUUCUUGAUCAUCCCAUUUGGUACAUCUACACUGUUGGGCUCCCGCAAUCUGUAAUUGACUCCAUAACAGUCUGCAAGUAUAAAAAAGAUGAGGGGUUGAUUGAAGGAACAGAUUGUUCUGUUUGCUUGAGUGAGUUUGAAGAAGAUGAGAGUCUUAGGCUUUUGGCCAAGUGCAGUCAUGCCUUCCACAUCCCUUGUAUUGAUACCUGGUUGAGAUCGCAUAAAAAUUGCCCUCUUUGCCGCGCUCCAAUUGUUUGUGACAUUGCUAGGGAUCAAGAAAGUGUCCCUGAGCCUAUUUCGAGGGAUUCAGGUUCGAGGGAAAGCAUUGAGGUAGAGAAUUUGGAGAAUAAUGGAGGGGUCGGAAGCCUUGGAAGUGGGACUAGUGAGGUUGGGAUUACAGAUGAUGAGAAUGUUUUUGCAAUUCCAACUGAGGGAAGAACUGCUGAAAAUUCAGGAAAGGUUUUGCCAAGUUCUACUGUGGCUGCUGGUAGUCGUGAUCCAAGAGCAUUAAGUGAUUUGACUGACAAUCGCCGUGUUACUGAAGAGGACAUACAACCAAUUAGGAGGUCAGUUUCGAUGGAUUCGUCAUCUGCUUCGCGAAUAUACCGUGAUGUGGCCAAUGUCAUUCCUGAAGAAGGAAGUUCAAAUUCCCAAUUAGUACAUGUUAAGAAUCCGAAUUCGGGGAUUGUUUCCAAGUAUGGCAGUUCAAGUUCUAGCCUUGCCAAGCUAAUGAGGAGUUCUUCAAUUGGGUUUUCUCUGCAGAUGGGGCCAAUAUCAAUGAAAAGGCCUUUCUCAUCUGGCAGGAAGUUUUUCUCAUCCAAACAUGGAAGGAGUCAAAGCUCAAUCCUUCCGUCAUGAAGAUUUGGUUAGCCUUUUUUAUGUCUCAAGUUUCAAGUCAAUUCCAAGUAAAAUUAGGGAAUAUAUAUAUAUAUACAUAUGGCCUUCUCAGUGGCCUCUGCUGUAUCUGUAGAAUAAAACUUAAAAGUUGGUAUAGAGGGUAUGUCAAUCUGAAGGACAGAAGCUGGUUCUACAUGAAAUAAGGGUGUUGGUACUGCAAUUUCAAUUUUUGAGGUUCUCAAAUGUAAGAAAGAACAUAAAGACUGCAAAAGUGUGGUCCUAUGGCCUCUGUGAUGGCAAAUUUGCGUUUGUUGUGAAAAGUAAAUGCCUUCAACAGGGGAUACUUGAAAUCUUCAAAACAAUUUAUACUUUUUUUUACCACAGAAAUUUGCAAUAUAAGCACACUUCAGUUUUGAUUUA